AUGGCCACCGCCCCUGGCUGUUCGGGGUGCGGUGGCAAAUUUGAGCUCCCGCCGUCCGGGGCUGCGCUGUGCGAGACUUGCUCGGGCCUACUGCUGAUAGCUACUUCUUUCUACCUGAGCGGAGCCUCUGGACAAGGCUUCGCUUCUGGGAGGCCAUCCGGGAGUGCGCCGUCCACUCCUGCGCCCGCUGCAAAGGAAGUGAAGAAGGAGAAGAGCCCAAGCCCAAAAAAGAAGGAGCCCAAGGACAAGGACCGCCGAAAAAAGAGCAAGGACAAGAAACGCAAGAGAGAGGGCAAGGAGACCGAGGCCGCUGCCACCCACAAGGAGAGGAAAAAAGACCGCCAAGAGACUGACGCCACAGAGGAGACCGCACGAGAGAAAGUGAAGAAGGAGGAGCCUGAGGACGACAAGUCGCCCGUUGCCCCUGUGACCGAGGAAGACUACUACGAGGAGGGCGAGGAAUCAGAAGCCCUCAGCCGCGGUCGAUUCGAGGACACCUGUCCGGUGGCAUGCGGGCAGGAGCUGAGUGCCGACGACAUGAUCCACCUGGUCACCUUCAAGAAGCUCAAAGCCGAGGAGACGGGAGGGUGGAUGAGCAACCUCCUGUCUGUGGGGAGGGGCGAGCCGGACGAGUUGGUGGAAUUGCGGCAGGAGGCCCUACAAGUAGAGGGCCGGCUUGUUUUGUUGGAUUCUAUCUUGUUUUCACACUGGUGCCGGAGCCUUUUUUCACCACAAGAGGCACGGAUCCAUCAUCAUUGCUUCGAAAGUAAUGUGGUGAAACACUUUGGUCUAGACGCUUUGCACCCGUUAUCUCAUGAGCGCCAGGGACGUACUUCCAAAUUGCAAGAGCUGCAUCACUUUGGUUUUUUUUGCUUGUGUCACCCGUUGCAGAUGCACUUGCACCGUUUCACCUUGGCCGCGAAAGAAUUGGAUGCAUGA